AUGGCAGACCAAAUCCUCGCUGCUUCCAACAAACACCCAAAGCCUGUCGAUCGUGUUUUCCAGUAUGGCACUGCGGGGUUUCGAAUGAAGGCUACCCUCCUCGACAGCGUUGUCUUUCGCGUUGGAUUAGUCGCAGCCCUACGUUCCCGCAAACUUGGAGGCCAGACAAUUGGUGUUAUGAUCACUGCAUCGCACAAUCCUCCUGAAGACAAUGGCGUGAAGCUUGUGGAUCCAAUGGGAGAAAUGCUGGAGAAUGCGUGGGAGGCAUAUUCGACCGAGCUUGCGAACGCCAAAGAUGAAGAUGUGCCAAAGGUUUAUCAGAGCUUGGAGGAGAAGCUGAAGAUCAAUCCAGAGACGCCUGCUAGAGUCAUUUAUGCAAGGGAUACUCGUCCAUCUGGUCCCAAGCUGGUUCAGGCUCUGGUUGAUGCGCUGGAGGCUGCUGGAGCUGAGUACACGGAUUACAAGCUAUUGACUACACCACAAUUGCACUACCUUACACGAUGCACAAACACUGAGGGCACACCACAAAGUUAUGGAGAUGUUAGUGAGAAGGGAUACUAUGAGAAGCUCAGUGAGGCAUUUGUGCGAGCCAUGAAAGGAAAGAAGGCCAGCGGAGCAGUCACUGUUGAUUGUGCCAAUGGUGUUGGUGGACCAAAACUGGCAGAGCUUCUGAAGUUCUUACCCAAGGCCUCCGCAGGUGGUGUGGAUAUCAAGAUCAUUAAUGAUGAUGUCCUCAAGGCGGAGGUUUUGAACCAUGAGUGUGGCGCAGACUACGUUAAGACAAAGCAACGAGCACCACCAUCUUCGAAAGCUGGCAACAACGACCGUUGCUGUUCACUGGACGGUGACGCUGAUCGUAUCAUUUACUACUUCAACGAUCCUGAACACGGCUUCCGUCUUCUUGAUGGCGACAAGAUUGCGACUUUAGCAGCAUCAUUCAUUGGCGAUCUUGCCCGCGAAGCACGUCUCAUCAACGGACUGAAAAUUGGUGUCGUCCAGACUGCAUAUGCCAAUGGGGCAUCAACAAAAUACGUCGAGAAGCAAUUGGGCCUCCCUGUUGUAUGCACACCAACUGGAGUGAAGUGGUUGCAUCAUGCGGCAACAAAAUUUGAUGUCGGUGUCUACUUCGAGGCCAAUGGCCAUGGAACAGUGGUCUUUUCACAACAGGCACUGAAGGCAUUCCACACCAAGGAGCCUGAAUCACCUGCUCAAGCUGCAGCAUUGGAGACCCUGCGCGCAUUAAGCGACCUCAUUAACCAGACUGUUGGUGAUGCGCUGUCCGAUAUGCUUCUCGUCGAGAUAAUCCUUGCCCACAAAUCCUGGUCUCCAAGAGAAUGGGAUCUUACCUACGUCGACCUGCCAAACAGACUGGUCAGAGUUGAAGUUGGAGAUAGAAAUCUCUUCAAGACCACUGACGCAGAGAGAAAAUUGGUCGAGCCACAAGGCAUUCAGGACCAGAUCGACACGCUCGUCAAGAAAUAUAAGGACGGAAGAUCGUUUGCCAGAGCUUCAGGUACCGAAGAUGCCGUCAGAGUAUAUGCCGAAGCCGCAACAAGAAGUGAAGCAGACGAUCUUGCAAGCAAGGUGUCUAGCAUUGUUAAAUUAGAGGGUGGUAGCAAGCAAUAG